GAUAGGGGCAUGUAUCUGACAGGCCAGAGCCUAGCUGAGAGUGUGUGGGCAGGAGGGCGGGGGCUGAAACUACAGACAGAGAGCUCAGUGUGUCUGUCACUGAAGAAAAUGAAGACCAAUUGAAAAGUUGCUAAGAACUAGCCGUUCCAUAACAUACUAUUUACAUACUAAAAGUUGACCCACCACUUUAAUACUGUGUUCUAUUAAAUCACUGACAGAAAUAUGAUACUAACAGAGUAAUGGUUGGAAGCCCCCCCCCCCCAAAGUAAAUUAAACGUGUGGGCUCCUUCCCACAUAUAUCACUGCAGCAACUCUCACAGGAGUUACCCUCUAAAUCUUUCCUACCAGUGAUAUCAGUGGUGUGACAAACAGAUGGAGGAAAUCUUUCUGGGGUGCAGCACAUCAUCCUGGUGUUGUCAGGAAAAGGAGGAGUUGGGAAGAGCACCAUUUCUACUGAGAUUGCACUUGCACUGCGGCAUGCUGGGAAAAAGGUUGGAAUACUGGAUGUAGAUCUGUGUGGUCCCAGCAUUCCACGUAUGCUCAAUGCUCAGAGCAAGGAUGUUCACCAGUGUGACAGUGGCUGGGUACCAGUGUAUGUGGACCAGGAGAAAAGCAUCUCACUCAUGUCUAUUGGGUUUUUGCUGGAACAUCCAGAUGAUGCUGUAGUAUGGAGAGGACCCAAGAAGAAUGCUCUUAUCAAACAGUUUGCAAGUGAUGUGGCAUGGGGGGACUUGGAUUUCCUCAUUGUUGACACACCCCCUGGAACAUCAGAUGAGCAUAUCGCCACCGUGGAUGCCUUGCGGCCUUUUAACCCCAUGGGUGCUUUGCUGGUCACCACACCUCAGGCAGUCUCUGUCGGAGAUGUAAGAAGAGAGCUGACGUUCUGCAAGAAGACAGGACUCCGAGUAAUUGGGAUCGUGGAGAAUAUGAGCGGAUACGUCUGCCCUCACUGCACCGAAUGCACCAAUAUCUUUUCCAAAGGAGGAGGGGAGGAGCUGGCUCGUCUUUCCGGGGUCCCUUUUCUAGGAUGUGUCCCACUGGAUCCCCUUCUGAGCCAGAGCUUGGAGCAGGGCAAGGACUUUGUGCAGGAAUUCCCCAACAGUGCCGCAUAUCCAGCCAUUUCCAGCAUCGCCCGCCAGAUUCUCGAUAUGGCCUCUCCACGCUCCUGACCCUCUGCCCAGCUGCCCGAUUUUCACCAAUCUUUUCUUUCUAUUGACAAAGACUACGGCACAUAAAUUAUUAUUAUAUGGUGAAUAGACAUUGGUAGAACUGACCCACUGUUGGGUAAGAUUUAGACAUGACUGCAACAGAGCUCACUGUGCCCAAUGCUCACAUUAUUACUGCCUGGAAUGUCCCUAUAAUUAUAGCACUUCCAUCAGUUUCUUUGUGGUACCCUGAUUGUUCCGCAUUUUUUGAUGGCUAGACUGAGAACAAGGCAAUUGAUGUCAGACUUUCAUCACCUUUUAAGGGGGUUUUCACCAUUAUAUUAACUUUUAGUAUAAUAUAGAGAGUGCUAUUUUGAGACAAUUUGCAAUUGGUCUUCACACUUCCAGAGCUAUCUGGUUGCUAGGGUACAAUUUAACCUAGCAACCAGGCAGUGGUUUGAAAGAGAGACAGUAAUAUGAAUAGGAGAGGGCCUAAAUAGAAAUAUAUGUAAUUAAAUGUGAUAAAAACUUGAACAUUGUAGCCUUCCAGAGCAAUAGUAUUUGAAAGCUGAAAAAAGUUAGAAGUGGAAGGUAAAAAAAACAAAAAACUAUAACUGAAAAGUUGCUAAGAAUUGGCCAUUCUAUUACAAACUAAAUGUUAACCUAAAGGUGAACCACCCCUAUAAUAAUAUCCUGUAACAACAAUAUUUGAACAGAAACAAAAUAUAUAGCGGAGAUAAUUCAUAGAUUCUUUUUAGGUCUGGGCUCAGGGCCGUGAUCCUGGCCUCUUUAUAAAACAUUCCUUUCAGAGUGUUGAAAAGUGAAAUUCUUCUUUAAUGUCAUGUGUCUGGCAGAUUGCAGCAGGUUUUGCUUAACUAUUGAUUUUCCCUUCUCUCCUGACCACCGGUAGCUGUUCUGUUUUUAUGGUGAUGAGUUAUGUUGGUUUUGCAUUAAAGUGGACCUGUCACCCAGACAUAAAAAGCUGCAUAAUAAAAGCCCUUUUCAAAUUAAA